UUAAAGUAAAAAGAAAUCAACAACAUUUCCCCUUCACAUUUCGUGUGCUGCCUGCAAAAAUUCAGACUACCUGGAGGUUUUUACAGACCAUAAAAGGAUGUUUCGUCCAUGCCUUAUCUUCCUAAGCAUCGUUGUAACCUGGGCUCUAGAUUGCAAUAAACCAGUUGGUAUUGGAGAUGGAACACUCUCAGAUUCAGCGAUGACUGCAAAUUCCGAGAUCAAUAAAUGGCAUGGAGCUAGGGAAGGAAGGUUAAAUAACUAUAAAGGAAAACCAGGAAACCCAGGGAUUGGCGCUUGGUGUGCGGACAAAAAGGAUUCUAACCAAUAUCGUUAUAUACAGUUCGACUUGGGUUCCGUGCGUAAAAUUGGAAAGAUCGCCACUCAGGGUCGUAACACGUCAUCGUUCCAAUACGUUAAAAGUUACAGAAUACUUUACAGCGAGACUGGCAACGUAUUCUCGGGAAUAAGAGAUAUAAAUCAGAACGAAGUGGUAUUUGCUGGCAACACGGACAAAAAUUCAAUUGUGACGAAUGAUAUACCUAGUGCUGGAAGAAAUAUUAAGGCCAGGUACAUUCAAGUGAUUCCCAUUGACUUCAGGGCUAACAUUUGCAUGCGUUUUGAGCUCUACGAGUGUGUGGAGUCGGUGCCCACAACUUCUGCUCCCCCACCAGCCACGACUAGUCCUCCAUGUUUGCUUCUCCUAUUUCUUCAAGACAUCAACGAAUGCUCAGAAAGUAAUGGCGGCUGCAGUCAGCUGUGUGAAAACACGGCUGGAACCUUUAAUUGUAAGUGCCGUGAUGGCUUCAGAUUGCAAAAUGACGGGAAGACAUGCAAAGACAUCGACGAAUGUGCAGAAAGCAUUGAUUUGUGUACUCAGAACUGUCAUAAUACCGAGGGAAGUUAUACCUGCAGCUGUAACGCUGGAUACAGACUCGCCUCGAACAAGUACACUUGCGAAAACAUCGAUGAGUGCCAGGAAGGUACUUCUGGAUGCAACCAGAUCUGCACAGAUACCCUUGGAAGCUUCAAAUGUAGCUGUAGGACCGGUUACAAACUGAAGUCAGACAUGAAGACUUGUGAAGAUAUAGAUGAGUGUCUGGACAGUAAUGGGGGAUGCAGUGACACUUGUCAAAAUUUGGUGGGUUCGUACAUUUGCAUCUGUCCUAACGGCUACCAACUUGAUGGAACUGGAAAGAAAUGCAUUGACAAAGAUGAGUGCGCUCUUGCAAACGGUGGAUGUCAACACACCUGUGAGAACAGUGUUGGUAGCUUCUCAUGCUCCUGUAACGAUGGGUAUAAACUCAAUUCUGAUGGCUUAACUUGCUCAGACAUCGAUGAAUGCUCAGAUGGUUCAGCACAGUGUGACCCAAAAAGCACCACUUGUAAUAACCUUAUACCUGACUAUGAAUGCAAGUGUAAACCAGGAUACAUUGUGAUAAGCAAUGAUAAAUACAAGUGCAAAGCUCCAACUUGCCCAGCACUUGUCCAAUCAAUGGGAACCACCGUUUUUCCAUCAACUUGCCUACAAGAUCAGGUCAUGGAGGCCGGCGAUUUGUGUAAAUUCAGCUGCACCGACGGGUUCGAGCUGCCAGAUAACGAAGAUACCCUCAUCUGCCUAGCUACCGGAAACUGGAAUGCAUCAAUAAUAAACUGCAAAAGAGUAAGCUGUCCUAAGCUGGUUGCUCCUGCAAAUGGAAAGCUGAAUCCAGAUACUUGUGCUUCUGAAGGAGGCCAUUAUCAAGGAAAGUGCGGGUACGUUUGUAACAGUGGUUAUACCUUGUCAGGGGUUCAGAUCAAGAAUUGCCUGAGCAGUGGACAAUGGGACAGCCAGGAAGAACCAACAUGCAUUCAAAACUAUCAGGAUCCUUAUAUAACAUGUCCAGAUAACGUGCAAGUUGAUCUUUCUCCUGGUGCCAAUGAAGCAGACGUUUCGGCCUUGCUCCAGGAUCCCACGUCCAAUCAACCACCUUCCAGAAUAACAAUCACACCGGCAGAGUACUUCAAAGACAAAAUGUUUCCAGCCGGCACAACGUAUUUGAAUUACGUGGCAACAAACGAAGUCGGAAAAACAGCCCAGUGUCAGACUGUGAUCAUCGUCGUCGGUAUUCAUUGA